GUUAUGGCCUAAAUUCGAAUUUGUUUUUCAGAUUGAUUAAAUAUUUUUUCAAGUCAAACGUAUUACACUGAAGUUUAAGUGCCUGAACGUUUCUACUUCCGGUUCACUUGACGCAACGUUUGUUUACCUAUUUGGGAUUUGCAGUUUUUUCCAGUUCUCUUCUCCGAACCAAACGAGCUCUUUCAAAGCAUUCUCCUCGGUGUUCCACAGAUGUCACCGUAGAAGAUAAUUAUCCUGAUAAGCAAUCUCUACCACAUUAAACAAGAGGAGUCAAAGAUGCCAUACAUCAAACAGGAGUUGGAGCCAGAGACCCCCAGCAUUAAAGACGAAGAACAAGAAGAUGAAAUCACCAAGUUUCCAAUGACUCUCAGUGUAAAGAGUGAAGAAGAUGACGACCUGAGUGGAGCAGCAGAACCUUCGGACGACAGCUCAUUUCAGCACUUGAAGACAAAAAGAGAGGGACGAUUGCAACCGGACGAACUGUUAGCUCCGCUCUCGGACAGUGACGACGUAACGUCACACUCUUCUGACUUUAACACUGAUGAUGAUGACUUUGACCAAAAUGCUUCAAAAUCCUUAAACAAGUCAUCAUUUAAACGAGACACAAAAGAAUGCACGGUUGGGAAACCUUUUUCCUGCUCAUUUUGUGAUAAAACAUUUUCUUGGAAGCAUCACUUAAAAAUACAUACGCGUACACACAAUGGAGAAAAGCCUUUUGUCUGCACAUAUUGUGGUAAAAGAUUCACGGAGAAGGAAAACUUAAACAAACACACAAGCACACACACUGGAGAGAAGCCUUUCGCCUGCUGCUUUUGCGACAAAAGAUUUUGUCGGAAGUAUCGGUUGACAAGACACACGCGUACACACACUGGAGAAAAGCCUUUUGUCUGCACAUGUUGUGGAAAACGAUUUACCGACAGGGGGGAAUUGAACAAACACACAAGCACGCACACUGGGGAGAAGCCUUUCGCCUGCGCACUUUGCGACAAAAGAUUUUCUCAGAAGGCUCAUUUAGAAAAGCAUACGCGUACACACACUGGAGAAAAACCUUUUGCCUGCACAUCUUGUGGUAAACGAUUCACUGAUAAGGGAAAUUUAAACAAACACAUUAGCACACACACUGGAGAGAAGCCUUUCACCUGCACACUUUGCGAUAAAAGAUUUUCGCAGAAGACUUAUUUAAAAAGGCAUCAGCGUACACACACCGGAGAGAAGCCUUUCGUCUGCACACUUUGCGAUAAAAGAUUUUCUCAGAAGAUUCAUUUAGAAAAGCAUAAGAGUACACACUCUGGAGAAAAGCCUUUUGUCGGCACAUUUUGUGGGAAACCAUUCACCGAGAAGGGAAAAUUGAACAAACCCAAUAGAGAGAAGCUUUUCAUCUGCACACUUUGCGACAAAAGGUUUUCUCAGAAGGCUCAUUUAGAAAAACAUGAGCGUACACACACUGGAGAAAAGCCUUUUGUCUGCACAUGUUGUGGUAAAACAUUUGCCGAGAAGGGAAAUUUAAACAAGCACGCAAGCACACACACUGGAGAGAAGCCUUUCGCCUGCUCCUUAUGUGGGAAAAAAUUUUGUCUGAAGCAUCAGUUAAUAAGACACACGCGUACACACACUGGAGAAAAGCCUUUUCCCUGCUCAGUUUGUCAUAAAAGAUUUUGUCAGAAGAGAACGUUAAACAGACAUGCAAUAAGACACUCUGGAGAGAAACCUUUUGCCCGCUCACUAGAUGGUAAACGAUUUGCUCAGAAGGGACAUUUAAUAUCAUUUGAAAGAAGGCACCCUGGGGAAAAAAACCUUUAAAUUGCUGUCUGUGACAAGAUAGUCCUGCCACGCAUUUACAGUGGAAAAAGUAUUUCAAUUUCUUUCAGUUUCCUUUCAGCCUCUCUUUCAAAAAGUUGUUGAAAUGAUUUUUCAGGUCCUGUUCUUUUUCACAACUACCCAAUAUUCUUUUUUUUUUUUUUUUUCAAUUGAAUAAACUGCAU